CUGCGUCGACCUUGAACCUAUUUCGUCGUAUAAAAAUACAUUGCGUUCGAGAAAAGUCGAGUUUUUUCCAAAUUUGCAAGUCAUGUGCUUAGCGUUUGUUUAUCUGUAAUGGUCAAUAAUUCUGUGGUGUGAUGGCAAGUAUAUGGCGUUGGAAAUUUAGCUUUUGAAAAGGAAAAUCUGUGUAAAAGAAAAAAAAAUAAUAUUGUUUGCCAGCCAAUGCGUAUGUCACUGCGAUACUUCCUAGUAUUUUGCACUGGUAUGUUACAUAAUAAUAAUUCUUUAUUUUAUUGUCUUAUUAUUUUCAUUUGUUAGUCUUGUCCUCUUGUCGUUUUAUUAAAAUCAGAUCAUAAUUGUCAGAAUUAUGGCACUUGAGACUGUCCGUCUGUCUCUCAGAUAUAUGCCAGGAUAGAUGAAUUAUGCCAAUGAAUAAAUAUGCCAAUAUGGCAACAUAUAGAUGGCAAUUGUUCCUUAUAACAUAAAUAAUCUAGCAAGUAUAAACUAUACGUAUCAUUGUCUUGUUUGUAAAUACAUUUAAUAUAGUAUUUGAAUUUUAACACAGUAAGCUACAGUACUAGACAAUGUGUUCAUUGAUCGAAUCCUGAUCACAUUAUUACUCUGCAUGCAAUGCUUAUAUUUUUGAGAAUGGGUUGUUCCAGAAAAGAUCCACAAAUCCCCCACAGAGGAAAUUUCUGCCGUCCGGAGGGGGAGGGGAGAAAAAAUUAUUUCUGAUAAUAGUAAAUGUAUUAGGACAUCCGAAGGGGGUAGGGGGGUUAACUUCCAAUUUCCUCUGGGGGUGUUGUAUGGAUGUUUUCUGAAAUGACCCAAUGUCAGUUAAGUUUGCUUUUGUCAAGACAAGACCUGCUGCAACUAACAUGAUAUGGCCACUAUUUGUUGUAUGUUAGUUUUUGAUCAGGGACUUUCCUCAAAGAUGAUGUGGGCCGCCAUUACCAUUAGGACAAAAAAGAAAGUAUUCUGUUCCUGGUCAGUUUGUCUGUCUCACAAAAAACAUGCCAACAUAUGCAAUGCAUUUGAGUACCAAUUACUACUUUGGCUUCACCUCAGAUGACAAUUGUUUCAUUGUUGACCAUUGGUUCCUUAUCAAAGUAUGCAGUGAACAUGGCGAAAUUUGUGGACUGGCACAUGAUACGGUUUUGUUCAAUCGACAAUCAGGAAAAUUGAACUUUGACACUUAAUGAUAUGUAUUCAUAAACAUGUAACAUAUUACUUCUGUGUCAAAAUUUCAGUAGAUUUCGUUGACCAAGCCACCAAGGAAGAUAAUUUUCUUGACAUGAUCAGCAGUUUUUUUUAAAAAGUGUGUACAGUACUGUUCGUGUAUAUCUUAGCAUACCAUACGUAUAUGAUACAUGUAUCAUGCAUGUUAAGAUAUACGCGAGCAGUACUCAUGUAGUUGAAGAUGAUGCACUUUUUUCUGUUUUGAACUUUCAUUGAUUUAAUCUGGUGUCAAUACUACUUGAGGUUUGAAAUAGUGUCCAAGGCACUGGGAACAAAAUGGUACUUUAGCAAAAAAAUUGGUGUGUGAAAUUUCUAAUGAUGUAUUAUUACGAUAAAAAAUGAUGGUCAUUGAGACGGCUGCCUAAGGAGGCAAGAGAAUUGAAACUAAUAUGCAACAAAUAGUGGCCUAAAUUAAAAGCCAUUAUUUCAAUUGGUAAUAAUUGCAUUCAAUCAUUUUAGUUAUUGUUGGAUUUGUUUGUCAUUUGGAUAUAACAUCUGGUGUUAAGCUUUCCUGUGUGGCAUGUCCAAAGGGUUCUUUUGCAAAUCAGUGUAUGUAUGUUACUUGGUAGUUAAUGAUAAAUAAAUAUAUGAGAGCUAAGGAAGCAUGUGCAAUGGGGAGGCAAAUCGGGAGGCAAAAGAUUAGGGGGUUUGAGAAUUUUGCCUGACUUUGAAAUUUGUCCAACUUUGUUCCAUUUUUUGUUCCAUUUUUUUAGGGGGGGGGGGGAAGAAAGGGGAAAAAGCAAAACAUUUUCGGAAGGCUUAAAUGUCUGACAUUGGCCAGCAUGUAUAUAUCUUAACCAUAAAGUUGGAAAUUAGAUAUAACCAUGUCAUCUAGGUUCCCGUAUUGUUGUGUCAAUCUGCAUACAGUUUAAACCAGUCCUGUACCAUCUAUUAUUUAUAUUUUUAAUUAUCUUUAAUUAAAUUUUAGCUGUGCCUUCAUGUAAGGCAUGUAACAAGACUGGAUAUUGUAAUGGAGCUGUAAACUGCACAAAAUGCCAUGCUGGGAGUUUUCAAGAUAAGACAGGACAAACAUCAUGUCAACUAUGUCUUCCUGGUUAUAUCAAUAGGUAGUGUAGCCCAUUAUGUACUCAGGAUUCCUCCUUUUGUCAUGGUUUCAAUCUAUCCACAACUAACAUCCCUACUUUUACAACGACUACCAACAAUACUACUACUAACAGUACCUCCAAUAUCAGCACCACUAUUAUUAGUUACGGUAUCAUCAUCACUACCAUAAAUACCACAGCUGAGCUACUUACACCACCUCCACGUUUACCAGCAAUUACCAUCAUCACUAUGUAACCAUAAGUGCCACCAUUGCCACUUAACCAUUUCCAAGAUCACUGCUAUUGUUACCACCAUCACUCUAAUAAAUACCACCAUUACUACUUACACCACCUCCAAGAUCACUACCAUUAUUACCAUCAUCACUAUCAGCACUAUAAAUACCAUCAUUACUUACUUACACCACCUGCAAGAUUGCCGCCUUUGUUACCACCAUCACUACGAUAAGUGUACCACCACUAUUACUUUUACCACCUCCAAGAUGAUCACCACCAUUAUUAUCACCAUCAUAAAUACCACGAUUGCUAUACCAACAGCACCUCCAAGAAUGUCAUCUUUGUUACCACCAUCACUACCUACAAGAUCACCACCAAUGUUCACCAUUAUUAUCACCAUCACUACCACAUUCACCAUGCAACCAUUGAAUGGUUGGUACUAAGUAACGUCCAUUAUAUUAUUUAAAUAAUGCAAUCUUACUGUAUUUGUAUACCUUAUGUUUUAGUAAACCAGGAGGUAUAGCAUGCACAGCUUGCAAACCAGGUACUAUUAAAUUAAACUGGAUAAAAUUUUGUUUAUAAUACUGUAUGUGCUUAAUGAAUGUUGUAAAGGUGUAAAGGUUGAAUUUGGAUGUAUGAAGAGUUUAAUUAUAGCUAAAUUCAAAAGUAGAGGGAUGUAAUAAAGUAGACAUUUCCCAUUCUUCAUUUCAAAAAUAGUUUGUCACUUCAGGCUUGGAGCAUGGUGUGGAGUGUGUAGUUUACUAAAGCAUAGAUUGUUGCAGCUCUAUAGUGUGUAAUUCAGCCUUUUUCCUCAUCUUUUAGGGCAAUAUCAACCCAAGAAAGGUGGUACAGUCUGUUUAAGUUGUAAGCCAGGCAAUUACUCAAGGUAAAAGUUAACUAAAGUUAUUCAAUCAUUUUGAUUUGGUACGUAUUAUUAUUAUAAUAAUCACAGUAGCGGUUAGAAGUUACUUAACCCUAAGUGACAUAAUGCGCUCUGAUGCACCUUACUUUAUUAUUUUACUUGAUUGUCUAAUGCCAGACAAUUUUACUUCUCCAAGGAAGAGUGCUGGCACUCAACAAGUUAAUUAUAAUUUUUUCUGGUUGUUUUUAGUGAAUCUCACAGUACACAAUGUAAAAUCUGCUCACCUGGAACUUUCAGCAAUGUAUCAGACUCGAUAGUUUGUUCCUCAUGUUUGAAAGGUCGACUGUUCAAUUCCAUUAUAAAUAUUUGUACAAAUUUCUAUUUUGACCUACAGUACAAACAUUCUAGUUUAUUUAUCAAUUCCUUUGUCCACCAAUUUUUUGGCCUAUUUUAAAUUGUAUGAAAAUAUGUCAUUUGUACUGUAGGCCAUUAAUUCCAAAUCCUGUGAUUACAAAAUCUUAUGAAAAAAUCUUAUUUUCAGGUCACUAUCAGCCUAAAAGUGGUGGUACAUCCUGUCAACCUUGUCCUGUUGGAGAAUUUUCAAGGUUGUUUGCUUUAUUUAAAUGUUUUUUCAAACAACUUUUGGCUAACUGUAAAAUAUAAAAAGUACUGUAGAUCUUGAAAAAAUCUUUUUUCAAAUUCUGUAGUGCAACCAAAAGCACAAAAUGUGAAGAGUGUUCUCCAGGAACAUUUGCCAGUACUACAGGAUCGAGUUCAUGUGCAGUGUGUAAAGCAGGUACAGUAUAUUAUGAUUAGACUCCUGUUUUAGUUAGUAAUUGACUGAUAAUUGGUAUCAGGCCAAUUUUUUCCUUAUCAGUAGACAAUCUAAUUUGAAUGAAAUUAUCUGACUGUAUUUUUUAUGUAUUUUUUGUAUUUAUGCACUAUAAUCGGUAUCGGGUAGUGGAUUGUUGCAUGAAUAAUCAGUAAUUGGUACUUCCUGAUUGUGGCCCAAUUGGUCAAACACCAGUUUUACAGUAGUUUCUUGCACAUCACAUUGUGAUAUUUACUGAGUUGAAGACAAGAUUUGAACAAAAUUAAUAACAUUUUUCCAGGGUCUUAUCAACCAUCAAGUGGUAGUAAAACAUGUCUGCCUUGUCCAGCUGGUCAACAUUCAAGGUACUAUUAAUACUGUACUAGUUUCACUUACAGUUAGAUUAAAUUUUUCCAUUCAAAAAUUUAAUCUAUAAAUUUUUCCAUUCAAGUUGCUUUUUACAUAAUUAUGCAUAUGGACAUAUAGUUAACAUUGUACCUUUAAUAUUUUAGUACUGAAGUUUAACCAAACCAGCAUUUUUCUAUUCCAGUGUAAAUAAAAGCACGAAAUGUCAAAAAUGUUCUCCAGGGACUUCUGCUAGUGGUACAGGGUCAAUUUCCUGCCCUGAAUGUAAAGCAGGUAUGAUGUUAUUUUUAUUUUGCAUGAUAUUGUAUCUGUAGAGUGUAGAAUAAAGUUUGAUAAAAUUUAUUGACCCAGUAAGUUAAAUUGCACAAACUUUAUUAUUUUACUCUGUCUAAUGCCAGACAAUUUUGCUCAUCAAUGGGAGAGCAGUCAAUAGGUAAUUAGCUUUAUACAGUCCUGUAUUUUAUCUAGGAUCCUAUCAACCAGCAAGUGGUGGCAAAACGUGUCCAGCUUGCCCAGCUGGAGAAUAUUCAAGGUACGUUUGCUUCUUUCAAUUUUGAUAUGUUUACUACAGAAAUUAGUUGACAUGUGGUAACCAAAUUCAAAUUUAUUCUAGUAAUACAGGGUCAACUUCCUGCUCUGAAUGUAAAGCAGGUAUAAUGAUAUUUCUGUUUUGCAUGAUAUUAAUCAUUUGGCUGUAGAGUGUAGAAUAAAGUUUGACAAAAUGUUUUAACCCAUUAAGUUGCAUUGCGUCCUAUUGCACCCUACUUUAAUCUUUUACUCUGCCAAACGCCAGACAAUUUUACUCAUCAAGGAGAGAGCACUGGUGCUCAAGGGUUAACCUUAUACGGUAUAAUACUGUUUUUUUUUACACUGUAGGAUCCUAUCAACCAGCUACUGGUGGAAAAACGUGUCCACCUUGCCCGGCUGGAGAAUAUUCAAAGUAUGUAACUUGCUUCUUUGAAUUUUAGUAUUUUUACUACAGAAAUUUAUUGAUAUGUGGUAGCGGUAACCAAACUAGUGUUUUUCUAUUCCAGUGCACGCAAAAGCAAAACAUGUCAGAAAUGUUCUCCAGGGACGUGUGCUACUAAUACAGGGUCAACUUCCUGUUCAGAAUGUAAAGCAGGUACAAUCAUCAUAAUAUUUCUAUUUUGCAUGAUAUCUGACUGUGGAGUAAGUUUUGACAUACAUACAUACAUACAACCUAUACAUUUUAUCUAGGAUCCUAUCAGCCAGCAAGUGGUGGCAAAACGUGUCCCCCUUGCCCAGCUGGUCAAUAUUCAAGGUACAUUUGGUUCUUUGGAUUUCAUGGCAAUGACUAACAUUGUAAUAUUCUUUAGUAACCAAACUAGCAUUUUUCUAUUUCAGUACAACCAAAAGCACAAAAUGUCAGAAAUGUUCUCCGGGGACGUCUGCAAGUAAUACAGGGUCAACUUCCUGUUCAGAAUGUAAAGCAGGUAAAAUGAUAUUUUAAUUUUGCAUGAUAUCUGCCUGUACUGUAGAAUAAUUAAUGACAUGAAAAUUUUAAAAACCUGUACAUUUUAUCUAGGAUCUUAUCAGCCAGCAAGUGGUAGCCAAACGUGUUCGCCUUGCCCAGCUGGUCAAUUUUCAAGGUACAUUUGGUUAUUUGGAUUUAAUGGCAAUAACUAACACUUUAAUAUUUUUACUACAGAAAUUAAUUGAUAUGUAGCAGACUGGUAACCAAGCUAACGUUUUUCUAUUCCAGUGGAACCAAAAACACAAAAUGUCAAGACUGUUCUCCGGGGACUUGUGCUGCCAGUACAGGGUCAACAUCCUGUUCAGGAUGUGAAACAGGUAUAUGCAGUAUACAUUAUAGCGGUCCGUAUUGGGAACCAAUCAAAUUGCUGUGUUUUGUACAAUUUUAGCAGGAACUGCAACUUGCUUUUUUUUCCCAAGGCCAUUACCAACCCAAUAAGGCAUCGAAAUCAUGUUGGCCUUGUCAGCCAGGGUAUUUUUCAAGGUACUGUAUUUAGAUUAUGGUUAUUAACUAAGCGAGAAUGAGAGUUGGUGAGAUUUGCAUGCAACUCUUGCUUGUAAUUGACCGCCAAUUUUCAUCCUCUCUUAUGCACUCUCAUCAACUUUGAGCCGAUUCAAAUUUUGACGAUACUUGUCCAGACAACUCUUAUCAACUCUCAUGCAACUCUUGUUCUUGUUUGACUGGGGCAUGAGGGUUGAGAAAACCUUCGUGUAAACUCUUGACGAUACUUGUCCAGACAACUCUUAUCAACUCUCAUGCAACUCUUGUUCUUGUUUGACUGGGGCAUGAGGGUUGAGAAAACCCUCAUGUAAACUCUUGCUCCUCAACUCUCAUCAACUCAUAACUUUUUAUUCCGGUUCCAAACCUUAGUUGCAGAGUUUACAUUGUGUUCACAUUGAAUUAAUAUUCAGUUUGCUUAUUCUGUAUAUUGGGUUAUUUUUUGUUUUUAGUAAAGUUCAAAGUAUCAAAUGUGAAGCGUGUUCUCCAGGAACGUUUGCCAACAUUUCGGCAUUAACACAGUGCUACGAAUGUCCUAAAGGUAUACUUUUGUAAAAUAUCGUGCAUAUGGUUUCUUUAAAACUUAACAUUUUAUACUGUCCACAGAGAUGUAUUGGUUUAAAAUGUUUUUAUUCAGUAAAACGUGGGUUCAAUUUUGUCGCAACUAACUGUCGUAAGCAAGUCAUGGUCAAGUCAACAGACAGUUUAAGCUUCGCGUUAUACGUCAAACGGCAAACUCCAGGCAGUAUCAGGCAAUAAAGAGUAAAUGAACUUGCUGUUUAAAACGUACUGAAAUACAUAAUUAUUCUUUCGACGCAAGAAAGAAAAUAUGAAACGAAAACGUUCAACGAAAAUUUUGCCAAGAAAGUUCGAACCUGCCGUUUGCCGGAAACGUGAAGCUUAAACUCCCUAAUGUCAAGUACAGAAAUAGUCUGGAACUUUUUUGUGUGCUCUAUUUAAUUUAAUUUAUUAACUUGGCCAGAUAGUCUUGACAGUUAUUACAGAGUAAUAAUUAUAUACAUUUCACGAACUAAAUAUAGACAAUGGCAGGGUAUUAGCCAAUUACUGCGAACCCAAGAACAAUACGUUAACAUCAAAUAGCAAACGACUAACUUCAUGCAUUUAACUAAGUAUUUAACUAGCUACAACAACUUGUCAUGAUAAUAGCAUGACUAGUAUGCAUCUGGCUAUGCCAUCUCUCUAUGCAUCUGCCUUUCCAUUGCCUUGCACCCCAUUGCCAAGGCUAAGGGUGUCCACCUCUGCGGCCCUCCCAGCAAAUCCAUCCUUGAAUUUAUAUAUAAGAUGCAAAGAAGCGUCGUCGAGUGAUCAUACGUAUACUGCUGUAAUGCAAGAGUGUGAUCAUUGAAAAAUUGCGAUUUUUUGUUUAAGUAAUUUUUUAAAAACAUUUAUGUUGGUUUAAUUCAUAGUUAAUUUUGUGUUUCUUCAUUCUUUGCAGGACACUACAAUGCUUUAUCAAAUGCGACUAAAUGUCUGGCCUGUACCAAGGGUUCAUACCAGAGUAGCGAAGGACAAUUGUCGUGCGAAGUGUGUCAAGUUGGCUUUAUUUGCAAGUAUGGAUUACUGUAUACUGUAGUGUUCUCGUCUAAGAUACCACAGAGUGUAGCAAGCAGGGUCAGCGCGUUGCCUUCCAUUGCUAAUAAUGCAUGUCCUCGUGCACUGCUGUGAUUUGGUUAGACUUGCACAAAUCCGCCUCAUAAUUUUCCAGCAUGAGCUCCAGCUUUGAAUUUACUAUUUAUCUUAAUAAUAAAUUCGCGGCACCUAACACUAACCCCAACUCUAACCGCUAACCCCUAACCCCAGCCUCCCUUUUAUUGCAAUUACAUUUAUAACAAGAAAUCUUGUCUAAUGCUUGUGGUUUAUGAUUAACUCUAUUGAUAAAUUCAAAAUGUGCCGCGAAUUUAUCAUAAUGAUAAAUUCGGACGUGUUUAAGAAUUUACUCAUAUAGUAAAUAAAAGUUUUAUUGCGCAAGCGAAGAUGAGGUGAAAUACCUGUAAAAAUGCCGCCGUUGAAAAUGACUUUGCGAAAGUCUAUGAUUUGGUGUUCUGCAGUACUCGUAUGCAUGAGACUAUCCAGUUUAGGAUUGAGAUCAGUUUGUUAGGAGAAGAACUUUCUGUUUCAUCUGAGAAAGACAUUGAGGUUGUAUUUGUUCAUAUCUCUGAAAUUGUAUUCUUACAGUAUUUUUCGCGUACGGUUAGGGUUAGGGUUGGGGUUUGGGUUAGGCCUUGGGGAUAGUCUUGUGAUUAAGGUCAAGGAUGCUAUACCGUCAUUGACUUUCACCACUAUAUUACGCUGUAAAUAUAGCCACAAACAUUCCAUCCCAUGUUUAAGAAGAGGUUUUUAAUCGACGUUUUGUUUAUUAGUUUUUCCUGUUUGUUUCUGCAGUCAUUUAGGUUGUAUCGUGUGUGAUAAAUGUCCAGGUGGUUCGGAUACGGACUUAAAAACUGGACAAACAGAAUGUACUCAAUGUGACAAAGGUACAUGUACAAUGGACCAUUCCCCAAUUAACCAAAAUUUUGAUCUCAACAAGUUUAGACAAAAAUUUCAUCACAGCUUGAAAGAGCAUCACAAAAUUAGUAAUAUUCCAAAGUUUCGUUGCAAAAUGUUGUAAUAUGCGGAUAAUAUAGCCUUGCGAAGUUUGUAAUUUUAAGUCAUUUUGUAUUACGCACAGAAGUGGUAACCAUUUCCCGUUUGUAAUCUAAAAUGACUGAAAAUUGCAAACUUCGCAAGGCUAUAUUAUCCGCACUUUACAACAUUUUGCAACGAAACUUUGGAAUAUUACUAAUUUUGUGAUGCUCUUUCAAGCUGUGAUAAAAUUUUUGUCUAGACUUGUUGAGUUCAAAAUUUUGGUUAAUUGGGGAAUGGUCCAUUGUAUCAUCAGAUUUAUAAAAAACUAAUAUAAUUAUGAUUUUAUGAACUGAUAACUUGAUUAGCAUUACGGUCCGUUAGAAAAAACUGGAAUUUAUAGCUGGGGAAAAUGGUAUAAAAACUGUUUAUGACCUUCAGAACUAUUAGACGUCAAUGGAUUCCCCGGUCGAGACUCUGAAAUCCAUAAAUCGUUUCCUUUUGUGUAGGUUUCUACAAACCCGACGGAGUUAUUUCAUGUAAGCCAUGUGAAAGUGGUUAUUAUCAACCCAAUCCUGCGAAGAGGGAAUGUUACGAAUGUCCUCGCGGAUUUUAUUGUCCGGUUAGUAUUCCUAAAGCUACAAUGCCAUGAGUAUGUUUUGAAUGGUUAUGCAUGC